AACACUAAAUAAAAAUAUCUGCCAAAGCCGCUAUCUUUCUCUUCACUCUGUGCCUGCGAUCUCCGCUCCAGCCGUCAAGGGUUCGUCUGAAUCCGUCUGCUGCAAAGGUCCUGCCGAGGGCUGAACGAUCCUACUCAGAUCGUGCGAUUAAUUGGAAAAUUUUCUUUCUUUCGGUUUUUUUGAGAGCUUCAGGGAAUAUGAGGCCAAUUUUUUGUGGGAAUCUGGAGUUCGAUGCACGUCAGUCUGAUGUUGAACGACUUUUCAGAAAAUAUGGGAAGGUUGAGAGGGUGGAUAUGAAAUCAGGAUUACUUGGACUUUCCAUGAUCUUCCUGGAUGGAUGGUUCUCUGCAUCCCUUUUCUGGCUUGUUCCCAAGAUACAUGUUAAUGUUUUUCCGAAAGGACCAAUAUGAUCCACCAUGGUUCUACCAUCCCACACUUACCUCAGACCAUUGCCCCUUUCCAUUUGUCAUGCUUUGUCAAGUAUUCAAUUCCCAACAUGUUCCACAUAGAAAUCAUGAUCAUCUCGGUACCAAUGGCAGGUUUUGUGUUUGCUCCAACAAAUUUCUCAUUUCCCCACUCUGAAUCAUUGGUUCGGUUGGUAAUUCCAUUUAGUAAUUGUGGUUUAGUAGUCUCAGGAGCCCACAAAGGAGGCAUAAUGAUUGAAAACUUUAGCGAAUUAGCUUUACUGUCUACCUUCAAACUGGAGACCUGUUGUUUGGUUUCUCAUUGUGUCGAUUCUACAGGUUUUGCUUUUGUGUACAUGGAAGAUGAGCGGGAUGCUGAUGAUGCAAUUAGAAGACUUGACAGGAUAGAGUUUGGUAGAAAGGGGCGUAGACUUCGUGUUGAAUGGACCAAGCAAGAACGUGGUAUAAGAAGGCCUGGUGGGAGCCCAAAAAAAUCUUCAUCUAAUUCAAGACCUUCAAAAACUCUGUUUGUUAUAAACUUUGAUCCGAUUCAUACUAGGACAAGGGACCUAGAGAGGCACUUUGACCCUUAUGGAAGAAUAUCAAAUGUGAGAAUCAGAAGGAAUUUUGCAUUUGUGCAGUUUGAGUUGCAGGAAGAUGCCACUAGAGCAUUGGAAGCACUACAUAUGAGCAAGUUUAUGGAUAGAGCUAUUUCGGUUGAGUACGCAAUUCGAGAUGAUGACGACAGAAGAAAUGGUUACAGCCCUGAUAGACGAGGCCGUGAUAUGUCCCCAGAUAGAAGAGGGCAUGGUCGUGGGAGAUCUCCCAGUCCGUACCGCAGGGAUAGGGGAAGCCCUGAUUAUGGUCAUGGAUCAAUCCCAAGUUCAAGAGCGGAGCCUCGGGGAAGUCCUGACUAUGGUAGAGCUGAGAGUCCCGUCAAUGAAAGAUAUCACAGUCGUUCACCGCCACCACGGGAGAGAUCUCGUUCUUGAGAAGGGAAGUUUCAAGUGGCAGUUUGUACGAACAUCUAAUUCAACUCUUUCUCUGCAUGUCCUUUAGCAACGCAAUCUGUAGUGCUUGUGCUGUCUGUGGACCUAGUUUAGUUAGUUGACUUGCUCUAUUUUAGUAUCUGUAGACAGAUUCUAUAUGAUUUCUUGGAAUUUUACUUUGACUUGUGAUUAUUAUCCUUUGAAUGCUUAAAUUAGUGUUCUGAUAUUUUUGUUUGAA